AUGAACACUUGUGAGGUAACAGCAAAGGAUAAUAAACCAUUAACUAUACCAGCAGAUGGCAGAAUCAUAAACACUAUAGAUGAAGCUAGAACUUUUUUAGCUCUUAGCAGCAGGAAAUUAGGAAUAAAAAAAUAUUUUAAGGAGAUUGGUGUUCAUUCUGAUGUGAAGUAUAUUGACCCAACAUACAUGAUACGUGCAUGCCGUGCAAAUGCAUCAGAUGGAAUUUUAUGUACCGUUCUUGGACAAAAUGCUGUUCAUGGUGCAUUUGCUGGAUAUAGCGGAAUUACUAUCGGUAUAUGUAACACUCAUUAUGUUUACUUUCCCAUUCCGGAAGUAAUUUCUUAUCCGAGGGCUGUGGAUCCUAACAGCCGCAUGUGGCAUCGUUGUUUAACUUCAACAGGCCAGCCUGACUUUCUAGAUAUCCGAUCCUCUGCCAUCCCUGUCUCUAACUUUGUUUGCACUGUUUGCCUACCAAGUAAGGUUGAUGCUCAGCAGCUCAAGGGGUAG